CUUGGGUGGGACCUCUUCAGUCCUUUAUUUAUUUGGUUCGUCAAAGCAAAUCGAGUUUGGCGGGAAUUACUUAAAGGCUUGAUCGGGGAAUGAAAGGAAAAUGAAGUGAAGGACUAUGUUAAAACAAUUCUUAAAAUGAGUAGGUCAAAAGAAGAAUCCGGAAAGGCCCUCAGAAGAAAACUUGGAAAUCCAAUGAAAAAUAAAGAAAAGGCUAAACACACACAUAAAGAAGAAGUUUCCAGUACUCCUUCUUUUCAGGAAUCCAUCUACCACUUUUUUCAUGGUUCUGUUGAAAUUUCUUCAUUUCGGGAAAAACUGCUCCUGUGGUAUGACACGUCCAAGCGAAACCUUCCUUGGAGGACUAUGGCUGCACUGGAGCAGGACAUUAACAAAAGGGCCUAUGCAGUGUGGGUUUCGGAAAUUAUGCUACAGCAGACACAGGUCGCCACAGUAAUUGACUACUAUAACAAGUGGAUGAAGAGAUGGCCUACACUUCAGAAGCUUGCCGAGGCUACGUUAGAGGAAGUGAAUGAAAUGUGGGCAGGCCUUGGCUAUUAUUCACGAGGAAAGAGACUGCAUGAGGGGGCAAAAAAGGUUAUGUUAAGCUUCAAUGGACAGAUGCCAAGAACAGCAGAAGAUCUUCAGAAAGAGUUACCUGGUGUGGGCAGGUAUACUGCUGGAGCAGUAGCGUCUAUUGCUAUGGGACAGACAACUGGAGUAGUUGAUGGCAAUGUGACUAGAGUGCUGUGCCGGUCACGUACAAUUGGAGCAGACUGCACCAGUCCUGUUGUAAUGGAGGCGCUUUGGCGUCUCUCCAAUUCUUUGGUAGACCCAAGCAGGCCUGGAGAUUUUAAUCAGGCUCUAAUGGAACUUGGUGCUACUGUGUGCACACCAAAAGCCCCUCGCUGCUCCCUUUGCCCUGUAAGAAUGCACUGCCGAUCAUUUGAAAAGGUGGAGCACCAAAUGAAAACGGCGUCCAACAGGCUUUUAGGAAAAUCCGGGUUGGAAUUCUCUCCUGUUCCUGAUAUUGAAAACUGUGAUUAUGUGGGUCGCUGUCCUCUUUGCCUUCCCCCAGAAGAGAACUGGGAAAAUGACUUGGGGGUAAUGAAUUUUCCUAGGAAGCCAGUGAGAAAGCAAGCACGAUUAGAAAGAACGUUGACUUGCAUCCUGGAAUGGGAAGAAAGUGACCGAGAAGCAGUGUACCUUCUAGUGCAGAGGCCAAGUGCAGGGCUUUUGGCAGGACUGUGGGAAUUUCCAAGCAUAGUUCUUGAAGGGAAGAUCACAGAGAAGAAGGAGAAAGAACUGCUUUUAGAACAAUUGGAAACUCUCCUGGAUGGACCGGGUAAUUUUGGAGAGAUUCAGUAUGUUGGAGAGGUUGUACAUGUUUUCUCCCACAUCCACCAAACCUAUGCUGUGUACUGUUGUAGUCUGGCUAAAACAACUGGAUUAGUUAAAAAGGAGGCAGAGGAUGAUGCGUCAUCUUCACGUUGGCUCACAAAGAUGGCUUUUCAGAAAGCUGCUGUGUCAACAGCCAUGAAGAAGAUCUUCCAGCUUUAUCAGAGUAAAGAAGCUGAAGGUCCAAAAAAUUGCAAGGGAAAGAAGCGAAAAACAAGCACACAUUCAGAAGACAACAUGCAGAGAAGUCACAAAUUAAAGAAAAACAAACAAUCAAAUACUGGUCAAAAACAGCUUUCAAUUCUUGGUAUUUUUGGAAAAUCCAGAAAGUGUGAAAUAAGCAGCAGACCUUAAAAUGUUGUACCUUGAGCUAAAAGAAUUGUGUGUAUAUUUUAUAAAAACUCAUGUAACCAAAUGCUAAACAUUCAGUGUG